AUCUAAUAAGCUAGUAUAUAAAGAUAGUAUAGAAUAUCAUUUAUCAUUAGGUAUCAUUUAUUUCAUCACCGUUUUAUUUACACAGACUUUAAAAAAAAAACUUUUUUUGGAAAAAGCGAUGUUGAAUAAAAAAGGUAGCUAACUGAGAAGACAAACAAGAUAAUCAACAUUAUCAAAAUUUUUUACCUUAAUCAGUUUUUCUCUUUAAAUAUGUUUAUCUAAAGCCUUCGUGCCAUAAACGGUGAAUGUCAAAGGUUCACUAGUUAACAAAGUUAAAGCAUUUAUAUGGUUAGAAGACGAGACUACGAAAGAUUAUACAAAAGUGUAUUUGAACUACUUGACAGCUUGUAAUAAAUGAGCAGUUAAAGGCGAGGAAUAAGCAUUAGCAAAAGUGAACAUGAACUGGAUAGUCGUGUUUUACAUUUUCAACUGGUUUAUUGAUGGAGCUUUUUGUGCAGAAGAACCAUUAAAUUCUUUAAAUGAACUUAAAGAAUUAUCGCAAACUGUUAUUAAAUCUGAGAAGAUUGGUUUGUCGACAGAAAAACAAAAGGAAGAUGGUGUGAUAAACACAUUAUCUAAAGUUGUAUCUGUUGCAGAAAAUGUUAAGAACAAAGUUUAUGAAACAAAAAAAGCUGGUGAAAUAUCAAAAUCAUUAAAGGAAGAAAUAGAUGUCACAUUUGGAGUUGCAAAGGGUUUAGUGUCAAUAGUUGAAGGAGUUCGUAAUGAAAAUUUCUUAAAUGUUGUAACUGGUUGCUUAGGCAUAAUUUCUUCAAUAUUAAUGUUAACUGGUCCACCAGGUGCAAUUGCAGGUGCAAUUAUUUCCCUUGUAUCAUUUGGCUUAUCAGCAUUUUUUGCUAAAGAAAAAAAGUCACAAAGUCAAUUGAUUUUGGAAGGUGUGGAAAAAAUUAUUAAAGAAAAUGAAUAUCUAAAACUAAAAGAAGAAAUCAAAAGUUAUUUUGAUAUAUUGAGUGAAUCAGAAAAUCAGAUAAAUGAAAUUUUGAUUAAAAAUACACCUGAUAUACAAAACAACAACCCAAAAGAUACUGAAGAGUUUUUAAAGAAGAAACAAGGGAUAUUUGAAGAGUAUGACAGAAAAUUGACAAUUUUAAAAGCCGAUGUUCAAAACUCUUUUAAUUCAAAUGAUUGCUUGCAAAGUUUUUCUAAAAUGCAAUUUUUUUUUAUUGCAUCAAUCCGCAUAGAAAUAUUUGCUCUUCACCUGGUUGGACUUUAUGAAUUAAUUUUACCAAAUAAACCAUCGCUUAUAUUUAAAAGUGAAUAUGAUAUGGUAUUUGACAAGAUAAAAAAAAAGAAUAGUGACCGCCAAACAAUUUUAAAUUACUUGCUUAAACAAGAGAAACCCCAAGUUGUUGAUAAAUGGAAAUGUGUUGCAGAAUACUAUAAAUAUCCUGGUAAAUUUGAGUUCAUUGAUAUGUUUGUUAAAUAUUCUGCAAAGAACAUAAAACCAAAUACAGAAUUUGUUGUUAUUGUUUUGAAUGACAACAAAUUUAAUAAAUACUCUGAAUUUUUAACAAAAGAAAAUGAAAUGAAUAGAAAGGUUGUCCUUAAAGAUUAUGAAAAAUUAAAAAAUAAAUCAUGGAUAACUGAAAUCAGAUGGGUCUUUGUUCCACCAAAAUGUAAAGUGACUUUGUAUCCUUACAGCAAGGAAAUUAAAAGUUAUAAAAUGACAUCUGAUAGAAUAGAAAUUAUGGGUCCGACAUUUAUCAAAGUACCUAAAGUAAAAUAUGAAAAAUUAUCUAUCGAAAGAAGUAAUGACCUUUCUGGAGAAUACUUUCGUAUUUGUCAAAAGAAUAAAAUGAAAGGAGCUUGCUUUCAAAUUGAAACAAAAGACUUAAAGUCGAAGCAAUCUAUACCUAUGUUGUUUCCAGCUCAAUCUAUAUACAUUCCUAGUGGUUGGAAAGUGGAUAUUCAUACAUCAAAAAGUUUAUUUACAAAUGAAAAAACGUUUCAAGGAAUGAAAGGCCCUCUUAUGCUAGAGUACAUAUGUAUGGAAAACAAAAUAAUCAAUCAAGUAGGUGAAGAAAAUGAAAUAAUCAGUCUUAGCGGGUUCUCCGUAAUAACCCCACCCCAAAAUGAAGUCAAAAUAUGCUCUGAAAGCAAUUUUAGUGGAUGGUGUGAUUAUAUUGAUACAAAAUUUGAAGAGAAUGUUCUACAUUCUUGUAAAUGGAAGCACAUAAAAAGUUUCGAAAUCCCAAAAUCCUUGAAAAUGCAAGUAGUAUGGAAAAAAUUGAAAAUGGUAAAGAAAACUGAAGAAUUUAUAUUAAGUUCGAGUAAUACUGAUAUAUCGAAUAUUGUAUCUGUUGAUGUUUUACCUCGUUAUGACAAGAAAAAAAAAGCUAAAGAAUUUUAUUCUCAAAAUGUUUUGAACGUUUAAAUGCUAUUAUUUACUUUCAUUUAUAAAUUAUAUAAAAUGAUAGUUUGUUUGUAAUAUUUUUUGAAAGAUGGCUUUUCAAAAAUAAAAAUGUAAAAUAUGUUGGUUUUUUUGAACGUAAACAUAUACAGUAUGCGAAAAA